GAUAUUUAAUACAUUGUUUUGUCCAAACGUUGUUCUUAAACCUUUUCUUUUCUCGGGGAAUAAGAAUUAAUCGCAACAAAUAUUUAAGAAAAUUGAUCUUAGAAGCAUAUAAAUUUUUAGUCAUUACUUGAUAGUAGUGCAGUAUCAGAGCAGCAACAGCAGAUAGACCAGUUAGUAUCGCUAGAUUAUUUCAGCUGAUUGAGACCAUGACCCACAUAGCAAAGCAUCUGCUAACAAGAAAACAGCUGUGUUUAAACAGUAUCAUCCGUCACUGUCAGAAGCACAUUUUAAGCGUGUCUGACUGGAAUAGUGGAAAGCUCAUUGCCAAGAACCGAAGAUUGGUGAAACAAAAGGAGCAUGGCAUUUCACAAUCCCCAUCAAAUUAAAAAUUAAAUCUAAACAAGGCUGUGCAUAAAAAAAUCUUCAAAAGUGUAAACCCUUAAAAGAGAAAUGGAGUCACCAUCGGCCUCAUUAGAUGCUUCGAGCUCCAAGAAACGAGCGAGGAAGUCCAAUUUUACGGAUGCUGAGGUGAAAGCAUUGCUGCAACAGUUGGCAGUGGAAGCAGAUGUAGCCCUCUCACCUCUCUGUGAUGGUCCUACAAAUAAAAUGAAAGCAGAGGCAUGGGAGCGUAUUGCAACAAGAAUGAAUGCUUGCAGCGAAGAGAUACGAACUCCAGAUGAGCUCAGAAGUAAGUGGAGGUGUCUGAAAAAGGCAGUGGCUAAGCAGCUUCAAAAGCAGAUGAAGACAGGCAUAGAGGCAAGACCACUUCCUUACCAGGACAUCAUAAUCUCCCUCUCUGUACGCAACAAAAGUCUAUUCAUGGACUGGGAAGAGCAAUCAAAUCUCAGCCUAGAUUCUGGCCCACAGACUCCAGAAGAUAGCACUGCCUUCCAAGAAAUGCAGAACUGCUUCACAGACAAAGCUGAACCAUCCUCUGCUUCCUCACCUCCAGAUGUUCCCUCAACCUCUUCGGUGACUGAAGUCAAAGACAGUGAGGAGAGAGACGAUGAUGAUAUUCUGGAGAGUGGUCCUCUGAAAAGAGGCUUCCCUUCUGUGCUUUCAACUUUGUCAUCAAAAAAACUGAAAACUGUGUCAGACACAGCACGUUGUGAAAAACUAGUGCAAGAAAAUGUCUGGAUGAACUGUGGAUUAUUAGACAAUGCUGAUGCUCAACAAAAGUCUCUCUUUGCCCGAUAUCUCCAGAGUGAAAUUGUCAAAAACAGAGCAAAGAAAAUUCUUAUUGAAAAUCUCAACAGAAAAGUUCUUUUGGAAAUUGAAAAAUUGGAGAGAGAGCUUGGUGACACAAACGAUCAAGAUCUGGGAUAAACCGAUAAAAAAAGAAGAUGGUGCUACUGCUGAAAGCAAUAGCACUGAAUUACUGGAAAUAUUAUCUAAGUCAAACUAAAAUUCACCUAGUACAGGAUACCUCUGUAAAUGGUGUGCAGAGAGACCAUUUUCUGAAUUCCAGCAUUCAUGCCUGCUGUCACAAAACAUGAUAAAAUACAUUCAUAUCCUAGAAAGAAGAAAAUAAGAUUUUGAUUAUCAAUUUUGUUUUCAAAAGAAGAUGAAGAAUGGAAAUACAGUUCCUGUUACUGCCAGACUGACUGCUAAUAACAUGGUCUAUAACCCCUUCAUAGUUGACAAAAUAGGGAAGUUUAAUAACUGACUUAACCAGUAAACCUGGCAAUUUUUUUCCUACUUCAAGUCGUUAAACAGCUGGUCACAAGACAGCAUUUUUUUCUACAGUGAGUUGAUAAACUGGUUAAACAAAAUUGUAAUAUGAUUUUAUUAUGCUCUUGUUUCUUAUAGAGAAGGGAUAAUUAUGACUGGGACGGAAACAAACUUGGGAUAGGGAAAAUACUCGUAGAGAAGCUGGACUAGCCUUCCACUAUAAUGCAGGACAUACAUAUACGUUGAAACCUAUUGAAUGAGUUCAUUGUGCAUGUGGAUUAAUUGUUCUUAAAGUUUAUGAAAAUUAUUCUGAAGAAGUUAUUCAGGCUUUCUUCAUGGUUCACACUUUAAUGGAUUUAAUAUUACUUUUAGAGUCGUCAUAAUCCAGAACACGCUUGCACACAUACAUGUAAAUAUUUUAUAUAAACAAAAAUAAACAGAAAUAAAACCAAUUUUUACAAAUGUUCUAAUUGCCAUGGAAUCAGCAGUGGACAUGGAAAUGUAAUUCAUUAACCAUCAUGUGUGACAUGAAAUUCUGGUAAGGAGCAGAAGCAUGGUGCUGUACAAUUUAGUAAGGGACUUUAGUAAGGAUAUUCAAGAUGAUGCUGGUGGUGAAGUGCUAGUGCACCUGUAAUCAGUCCUCUUGCUCACAGUUGACAUGUAUCAGGUCCUCAUUCUCUAACCUGAACUGCCUGAAAUUGUUUCAUCAGAGUUGAUUGAAUAUAUGUGUGUGUGUUCCAAUUAGAUGGAAGAAUAUGAUGUCAAUAGGAUUUGGCAAUACUGAAGAGGUAAUAACUCUGAAAUCUUCAUUUAAGAUAAUAAAAAAAAGUUCCCAUGCCUUUUCCAAAUAUUUUGUUAAUUUUUCCAUUUUUUUUAAUUUUUUAUUUAUUUAUUUUUUAGAAAUCCAGGAAUCCCUCUGACAGUGUUUAUCUUUUUAUGUAUCUUCUUUACAUAACAACUAUAAUAAAGAUGUGGGGGAAAAAACCCAGUUGAUGAGGCUUUUUAGUAUCAUAUAAUUACCUCUGUUGGAAUUUUAUGAAUUAAAUGUAUUCAGUUAUCAUCAACCAAAAAAGUAAUUUGUAGAUAAUAUUAAUUUGUGCUUGUUUUGCUAUUUAUGUUGAAAACCUUAGAGUCACCAAACAGUGAGUUUUAAAAUUUUCAAUUAAAUAAUUGUACCUGUAACGAUGAAAAACAUAAAUCAUGAAUGAUAAAUUUGUGAUAAUUGGCAAUUUCUUCUUAAUGCAUUCAUCAGUGUUUGGAUGUAUUGUACAAUUAUAUUCCUGAUAUUCAAGAUUUAACUGUCAAUACGGACAAAUUGACGCAAUCCAACUGAAGUUAUGAAGACAUGCAGGUGCGAACUGUAUAGGAAGAGUUCAUUGUUCUGCAUGCCUGAACAUAAUAUCCAUGGCACCUUACAGUAAACUUUAGAGUGGAUUACUCUAUAUUUUGUAGAGUAUGAAUCCUGAAUUUGCUUUCCUGUGGAAUAUCCAACACAAACAUUAUUCUGAUACAGUAAAGUCAAGCUGCUUAUUACCAUCUCGUGCUAAGUUGUAAUAAAAAUCACCUUUACCUAGCAAGGCUAGGUCUAUGUGUAACUGAUAAUACAUCAGACUCUUUCAACGAUGAUGCAGACUGGGGUUGUCUUCUUUCUUUCCUUGCCAUCCAUAUAGUUUUCAAUAAACUAGCUCUUAAUCUCCUGAGAA